CAGUUCUCAAUUAAGUUAGUUGCUCUAUAGAAGCUCUAAAAAACUAUACAAAAUGAAAUUCGCAGCAGUACUUUGCGUGUUCCUCGCUCUCUUUGGGCUGUCUGUUGCUGUGAAGGAUGAAAUAUGUGGGCUGCCGCCAGCAGUGGAUGGCAACGGGCUGAUCAAGUGUGCCGCCUUCGUGCCCAGCUGGAGCUACUUCCCUGAGGACAAUUCAUGCAAGAAAUUUACCUUCGGAGGCUGUGGCGGCAACGCUAAUCGUUUCGGAACUCAGCAAGAGUGCGAAUCCAAGUGCAAGGAGUAGCCUUACAUAAAAUAAACUUGAUGAUCUGAAUAAAUCAAAUUGUUGUAUCAAAUUAA